AUGGCUGAGGGUGGUUCGUACACAGUGUCCGGAGAUCGAGCACGAUGGAUCUACCAGGAGAGCCUCAAAUGGAAAAGGGCCAAUCCAAAGAGCUCUCCUCCAGUGUUCCUACCCCGUCGCUUGAGUAUUCAUUCUGACAAGGACCAACCGAUAAUGUAUACAAGUGAGGAGAAAGCCCGUCGAGCCCGGCAGAGGUGCCAAGCUUAUUACUAUGCCGCACAAGAUCCCGAGUACCAUGUCUCUCUGUUAGAUAGGGCUGUGGGAUCAUUGCUGCGUUGCAACUUCGAUGGAAGCCUCGAUGAAGAUGCUGUCGUUACGGAAACAUGCACCCUGUUAUUCCGCCCGUCGCGAACCCCACAACUUCCCGCCUCUCUCUUCGCAAAGGUCAAUACGCACGCACUACCUUGGCUCUAUUUUGGGGGCGCUCAAUCUGGCUGUCUCCGCCAUGAGUUGACGUUUGUUGGCACGAUGCAGAACUAUGUGAACACCAUUGCACAGUUGCUUGAAACAGUUUUUGACCUCUCGGCCCGCACAGACGAUACUGCCGCUGAAAGACACUGGCUGGUUGCUCGGAGCUUUCUCUGGACAUGUUGGAGCCGUACUGUGAUGCUUCAUUUCCACUAUCACCUGGAUUUGCAACUGCGAGGCGGAUACGAUGCCGAACGAAACGAAUUCCUGAACAUGCACCAACCACUACCAGCCUAUGGGACAACUCCGGAUGCCUCGGAGAACUUGCCAGAGUAUAUGUGCAGCUGGGCCUUUGGUCUCUUGAAAUUGGAUAGAGCUUCCAUAGGACAAGAUUUCUGCGACUUUCGAAGCCGAUUUUGUUCCAUGUUUGGCGACAAGCCAGGGGGCGUGUGCAUGAAGAUAAUCGACCAAUCGGCGCACGAUUUUCAGUGUAACGGUGAUUAUGAAAUGAUGGUCUGGGACGAAGUCAGCUAUAGAAACAUUGAAGGCGCAAGAGCCAUUUCCAUCAUGCAUUCUCACAGAGCCACCAUUCGAUAUUGUCAAGUGUCUCCUAAAACACUAAGAGUCUCACAUGUGCGGGCUCACGGUGCUGGAGGCAGACCCCAUACAGGAAUGAAUGCCUGCCUGUUUGCACGACUCGUUCAGCUCGCUCGCGUGAAUGAGCGUGACUCGUACUGGAUGGGUACACCUUGUAUUCCAGAGAGUCAUGAACUUCGUUCCGAGGCGGUGGUCAAUAUAAACGGAAUCUUCACCGUGAGCAGGAUGACACUUAUCUGGGGUCGCGACAUUAUGUCCAUCGAUAUUAGCGACGGCUCAAUAGAGAAGAUGGAAACCCUUCUCUCCGUCCUCCUCGUUUGCGACCGGAACAUCAGGUCUUGGACAUUGCUCGAGUCCAUGAGAGCGCGUCACAACGUUCAUCUUCUCUGCAAAGACAACAAAAUCGUCUCACUCAAGGAAUGCCUCACAAGAGUUCACGAAAAGGGAGUGAUUGCUAUCGCGAACCUAUUCCUCACACAUCAGCAGCUCCUUCCGGCUCAAGCUCCAUCACCUUUCGAUAAAAAUCCUAGAGGCGAGAUUGUCAGACGUCGAGAUGGUUAUAUCUCUGUGGAAGAGUCCAUUUGUUUGCUGGCUUAUCGACAUGCGUCGCGCCUGAGCGAUAGCAUUGCUAUCAUGAGCUUGUUACACGAUACCACACCGGCCUACACUGCGGAGAUGUUCUGGAAAUCGAAAGUUAAUAGUAUGGUCCAUAUGGGAAUCCUGUUCUCUGCUCAUCCAAGGCUUCGGCGCAAGGGCUUCGGUUGGGCUUCAGCUCAACCAGAGGUGUCUCGCCUUGCUAUAACCCCGAGCUCACAAUCGCCGAUACUGCAUCUGGCAUACGACGGCUCCGGAACUCCUGUUGCACUGAUCACAAGAGAUGGUCUGGAUGCGGAGUUCACAACGUUCGAAGUCUUCACAACCUCACCACAUAGGCUCCCAACUCUGAAAAACUUAAAGGAUCUUUUCGUCCGUAACGAGCACAAUUGCUUUGCUUGUCCCUCACAUCGAGCUCAAGAGGGCUUCCAGCUACAUAAACAUCGUCGUGCGCUAUUUGUGCUCCCUUCCAAACCCGCCGUCACCAGUGCAAUGUAUCACGUUUACCGUGGACCCCGUAACGGCGCAUUUUCUGGGGUAAUCGGCUCGGAUGACAAGGCUCGGAACAUCUAG